ACUGCACACAGCUGAGCUCAGAACUUUGGGAAUGGCUCUGAGAAGACUGAGGAGCUGGGGGUCAGGAGCUCCGGCAAGCCUGGGAGCUGAGACGCGCUGUAGGAGACUUCUCCUUUCCAAACCCUUCAUCUCUGCUAAGGACAAGGCAGACACAGCUCAAAGGCGCUCGCAUCUGGAAGGAUCUCUAUUUGGAUUCUGCUGCUGCUAACAGAGCCACUCACAUCCACAGAGGAAGAGAGGAAAAUUAUUUGAAACAGCAAGAUACUUUCCAAAGCGAGGAGUGGAAGGAGGCAGAUUUUCCCCUCCUUCCCCUUUUGGGAGAAAGGAGUUGCCCAGCCUAGUCAUGAGACUUUCUCACACUUCCCAAAGCAGGCUCCUGGAGCUAUGACACGGCACCACUGAGUCUGGCUGGCGUAGCCCAGCGCAGCCCCAGCAGCACACCCUGAGUGCAGGCAACCUGGUAGGCACGGAAAAUGGAGAAUGAGGUUGGCAAAUCUGUGGACAAUCAAAUGGACAAAUACAUAGUUACAAUAAUGGGGAAAUCAGAAAGUCAAAUGGAUAUUGUGGAAAAAUCAACAAAAUCUGGGAAGAAAUCCUGGCACUUUGUGGCAAUUGGGCUGGCUGUCUUGCUGCUCCUCAUGACUUGCUCUGUGGUCGCCCUGGGAAUCCUGUAUGCCAGCAGCAGAGGCACUCCCUAUGGUACCAAUUCAGGCAGUAUAUGUACCACACCUGGUUGUGUUACAGCAGCUGCUAGAAUAAUUCAGAAUAUGGACACAACAGCUGACCCUUGCAAGGAUUUCUACCAGUAUGCCUGUGGGGGCUGGCUGAACCGACAUGUUAUCCCAGAAACUAGCUCCAGAUACAGCAUUUUUGACAUCCUGAGAGAUGAGCUGGAGGUCAUCCUAAAAGGUGUGCUGGAGACUUCAGAGCAAGGGGACAGAGAAGCAUUUCAGAAAGCUAAGACACUUUACAAGUCAUGCAUGAAUGAGAGUCUUAUAGAGCAGAGAGAUUCAUUGCCUCUGCUAGAGGUCUUAACAAUGGUUGGAGACUGGCCAGUGGCUUCUGCAGACUGGAAUAACACCAAAGAACCAAGCUGGAGCAUGGAAGAGAAACUCUCCAUAAUGAACUCCAGAUUUAACAAACGUGUCCUCAUUGACAUGUUUGUAUGGAAUGAUGACCGGGAUUCCAGCAGACAUAUCAUCUAUAUUGACCAACCUAGUUUAGGAAUGCCAUCCAGAGAUUACUACUUUAAUGGUGGCAACUACCAAAGGGUAAGAGAAGCUUACCUGCAGUUCAUGAUCACUAUUGCUAAAAUGAUCCGAGAAGACAUGAAUAUGUCCAAGGAUGAUUUGUUUGUCCAAGAGGAGAUGGCAAAGGUUAUGGAACUUGAAACAGAUAUUGCAAAUGCAACUACCCCAGCAGAAGAAAGGCAUGAUGUAACCUUGUUAUACAACAAAAUGACCUUAAAAGAGCUACAGGAAAAGUUUGCAUUGAACGAAUUUAACUGGACCUUCUUCAUCCAAGGAGUCAUGUCUUCAGUAAGUGUUCAGGUUGACCCUGAAGAAGAAGUUGUUGUAUAUGGCAUGCCCUACUUGCAAGAGCUGAAAGCAAUUAUCUCCAAGUACUCAGCAAGCACCAUCCAGAACUACCUCAUCUGGCGACUGGUAAUUGAUCGAGUCAGCAGCCUGAGUCGGCGUUUCAAGGAUGCUCGAGCCAGCUACAGGAAGGCACUUUAUGGGACAACGCUGGAAGAAGCCCGCUGGAGGGAAUGCGUGAGUUAUGUCAACAACAACAUGGAGAACGCAGUAGGAGCAAUGUAUGUCAGGGAGACAUUUGCUGGUGAGAGCAAGAGGAUGGUCCAAGAUUUAAUAGAUAAGAUUCGUGAAGUGUUCAUUGAGACCUUAGAUGAGUUACAGUGGAUGGACGAGGCAUCUAAAGCAAAAGCUCGUGAGAAGGCACUGGCAAUUAAAGAACAGAUUGGCUACCCAGAUUAUAUUUUGGAAGAUCAGAAUGAAAAACUAGAUCAAGAAUAUGCCAAUCUAAACUUCAGUGAACACAAUUACUUUGAAAACAUCCUAGAAAAUCUGAGAGCUGGAGCCCAAAAGAGCUUGAAAAAGCUUCGAGAAAGAGUUGACCAAGACAUAUGGAUAAUUGGAGCUGCAGUGGUCAACGCAUUCUAUUCUCCCAAUCGGAACCAGAUAGUUUUUCCUGCUGGGAUUCUACAGCCUCCAUUCUUCAGCAAACACCAACCACAAGCCCUGAACUUUGGAGGAAUUGGGAUGGUUAUUGGGCAUGAAAUUACUCAUGGCUUUGAUGACAAUGGUAGGAAUUUUGAUAAAGAUGGGAAUAUGUUUGACUGGUGGAGCAAUUUCUCAGCUAUGCAUUUCAAGGAGCAGUCUCGCUGCAUGGUUUAUCAGUAUGGGAACUACACGUGGGAGCUGGCUGGAGGACAAAACGUCAGUGGAAUAAGCACGUUAGGAGAAAAUAUUGCAGAUAAUGGAGGAGUCCGACAGGCUUAUAAGGCUUAUUUAAAAUGGCUGGAACAGGAAGGGAAGGAACCAAAGUUGCCCGGACUGAAUCUGUCCCACAAGCAGCUUUUCUUCCUCAACUUUGCCCAGGUCUGGUGUGGUUCCUACAGACCAGAAUAUGCUAGCCAGUCAAUAAAGACAGAUGUUCACAGCCCUCUGAAAUACAGGGUGAUGGGAUCUUUGCAGAACUUUGAAGCCUUCUCAGAGGUGUUUCACUGUAAAAAAGGCACUGCCAUGCAUCCUGCAGACAAAUGCAGAGUGUGGUAACCAAAGGACUACUGGCAAGAAUGAUAAACACUGGUGACACAAUGAACAGUUCUUGCCAACUACGUGCCUGAUGUUCUCCCACUCAGUCACAGCCAAGGCUAAUGGUGCAGCUACUGUAGUGAGAAUCAAGGAAACUGCAGCACUCAAGCUUUCAUGGUUCCACUGGGAAGUAUGGAAGUAUCUCAGUGACUGAUGGGCCGUGCUGAAAGCCGCAGUGUGCUCCGGAACAGAAACGACUGUUGGAAAUGACAUCCUGACUGUUACUAAGAUACCACAUCAGGGUUACAAAGACUAGUUCUUCAAACAAACAAACCCAACAAACCAACAAGCAACUGCACAUCUAUUUUUCAGAAAACAACAAUAAUUUUAAUAUGUCUUACAAUGACGCCUUCUGAGACUCAGCAAACCCGUUGGAAGUGUUUCACAGAACUGUUUUCUAGUAUUCCGAUUCAGUUUCUAGUGCAUUCUUCCCAAAUUCAGGUUAAAUCUAGUUUAAAUUCUCAUGUUGUCUGUCUACUUGCACUUUGAUUACUGCUUUGAUGUAAGAGAUUGCUAUUUGUCUUGAGACGUUGCCAAGUGAGCUGUAUGUUAAAUGCCUGUCGGCUGCUGACUUCAUGCAAAGCUGUACUCUUCUACUGCACUUGAGUUCUUCUGCUCCAAAGAGCAACUGUAACGUGACCUUAAAGUGAGUAUUGCCAGAUAGAAAGUCACAUUUAUAGGAAUACAAAUUCUAUUGUUAUAGAUAAAAUAUGUGGUCUCUUCCUGCAGAGAUGUAUUUAAGAAGAUGCUUAUUCUUGUAGAAGUGUAUAAAAUACUUUUGGGCAAAUAGCAAACGUGAAAAUGAAAACAAUUUUGUUGUUUUAAUCCCGUGCCUUUUCAUUUUGCCAUAAUCUAUUUUACAGAACUUACACUUGAAAAAUGUAACAUCAUUAUUUUUAAUUAAAAAAAAAAA